AAUCCCUCUCCAGAACAACCCAGAUUCAUCGCUCCACUUAGCACACUACAUCAAAUCAUCUCCCACUCUAUACUUUUAUCACAGUCUUCAGCAUGCCCGGCAUUGGUAGUAUUUACACCACAGGUGCCAUCGACGGCAAGAAGCUUCAUAUCUUCUACACAGCCACUAACAACCACCUCGCCUUUGAGUAUCGUGAUGAAGGUCGUGUGAAUGACGCUCCCGAGACUCUUAUCUCUAGCAGCGACGAUAUUCCAGGCAUAAUUCUUGACAACAGUCAGAUCGCCACCUCAUACCUUCUUGGCACCCAGAUCGUCACUGGUUUCACCAAGAAGAAGAAGGACGGUGCUACUGUCGCUGAUACUGGUGCCGUCGAUUAUGAUGACAAGUAUCACAGUGUCUCUGUUCUCAGUCCAGUGUACUUCUCGCUCGACAAGACGGAGAAGAAUAACUUGACCAUUGCGUCGUGCAACUCUGACUACGAUGCUUGGGUCUAUUACUUCAAGGGAACACCUGAGGAUCGCCUUCUGGUUGAGACGCAUGUCAACUCAGGCGAGCAGCAUGACAUUGAUGAUACUAUCUCGAUUGACCAGCAUUCAUCUGUCGCGGCUUACUAUGAUCCCGAGAAUGAUAGACGCUGUGUGAUCGUCCAGUCUUCUUCUAACCAGACAUUCUACGAGUACGUUCCUGACGGCGACGGAGACACUCAACACUUGAAGUACACCGAUGAUGCACAGUCUGGCACCACUACGGCUAUUUCAUAUGUCAACGGAACUGUCUAUCUCUACUACACGAACCGUAGCCAGGAGAUUCGCGUUGUGAGCAAGCAGGUUGGAAAGAGUUGGGGUAGUCCCCAGGAGGUUAAGGGAAGUAAGGUGGAUCUUGCAAGUCAGUUGACUGUCGUUGCUAGCGAGAAGGGCAACCACCUAUUCUACGUGGCCAAAGGCGAUCCCAAAUCCAAGAUCAACCAUGUCCUCCAUAAGAGGUAGGUGGCCAUUGGAAGUAUCGAACGGAGAGCCUUUUGCUUAGUAUAGGGUCAGGAGGGUUCAUUCAUUUAUGCACAUCU